GGUCGGCCGAGCUGCGCGGCGGCCGCCGACCCUGCGAGAGCCCCGCCUCCGCUGCCCGCGCGCUGCGCCUCUCAGGCCUCUUUUCCAGAAUUUUGCGGCCCUUGGCCCACUCGGGAUCAUGGCGACGGCCGAGGUACUGAACAUUGGUAAGAAGCUCUAUGAGGGCAAAACAAAAGAAGUCUAUGAAUUGUUAGAUAAUCCAGGAAAAGUCCUCCUGAAAUCGAAGGACCAGAUCACAGCAGGAAAUGCAGCUAGAAAGAAUCAUCUGGAAGGAAAAGCUGCAAUCUCAAACAAAACUACCAGCUGUAUUUUUCAGUUAUUACAAGAAGCAGGCAUCAAAACGGCUUUCACCAGAAAACAUGGGGAGACAGCUUUCAUUGCGCCCCAGUGUGAGAUGAUUCCCAUUGAGUGGGUUUGCAGAAGGAUAGCGACUGGCUCUUUUCUCAAAAGAAACCCUGGCGUCAAGGAAGGCUACAGGUUUUACCCACCUAAAGUGGAGAUGUUUUUCAAGGAUGAUGCCAAUAAUGAUCCCCAGUGGUCUGAGGAACAGUUGAUUGCUGCGAAAUUUUGCUUUGCUGGACUUGAGAUAGGUCAGACGGAAGUGGACAUCAUGAGUCACGCCACGCAGGCUGUUUUCGAAAUUCUGGAGAAAUCCUGGUCGACCCAGAACUGUACACUGGUGGAUAUGAAGAUUGAGUUCGGUGUUGAUGUAACCACCAAAGAAAUUGUUCUUGCUGAUGUUAUUGACAACGAUUCCUGGAGACUCUGGCCGUCAGGAGAUCGAAGCCAACAGAAAGACAAACAGUCUUACCGUGACCUCAAAGAAGUGACUCCUGAAGGGCUCCAGAUGGUAAAGAAGAACUUCGAGUGGGUUGCAGAGAGAGUGGAGUUGCUUCUGAAAUCAGAAAGUGAAUGUAGGGUUGUCGUCUUGAUGGGCUCAACUUCUGAUCUCGGUCACUGUGCAAAAAUCAAGAAGGCUUGUGAAGCUUUUGGAAUCCCAUGUGAACUCCGUGUAACAUCUGCCCAUAAAGGACCAGAUGAAACCCUGAGGAUUAAAGCUGAGUAUGAAGGGGAUGGCAUCCCUACUGUGUUCGUGGCAGUGGCAGGCAGAAGCAAUGGUUUGGGCCCAGUAGUGUCGGGUAACACGGCAUAUCCAGUUCUCAGCUGUCCCCCACUCACCUCGGACUGGGGAGCACAGGAUGUGUGGUCUUCUCUUCGACUACCCAGCGGUGUCAGCUGUUCGACCAUUCUUUCUCCGGAGGGAUCUGCUCAGUUUGCUGCUCAGAUAUUUGGAUUAAAUAACCAUUUGGUAUGGUCCAAACUUCGAGCAAGCAUAUUGAACACGUGGAUUUCCUUGAAGCAGGCUGACAAGAAAAUCAAAGAAUCUAACCCAUAAGAAAGAACACUAUUGCAUUUUGUAGGGAAAACUAUACAUUUUUAGUUUCGCCGCGAAAUUAAAAAAAUCAGGAGAGUUGAACCAAAACCAAAUUUACUAAUGAAUAAAUGCUGCUUCUCCCGA